AUGUACAUCCUGAAGCUGCCAGUAGUUGUUAUUGUGCUCUCAGUUGCAAUGAGCCACCUGACAGCUACACCUGUGAAAAGUCAUCAACUGGAAAAACGCAAAUGCAACACCAUCACCUGCGCCACACAACGCCUGGCAAAUUUUUUAGUUCAUUCCAGCAACAACUUUGGGGCUGUUUUCUCACCUGUCAAUUUGAGAUCCAAAUCAUAUGGCAAGAGGAAUGCAGUCAAAGUUUUAAACAGAAAACCACUGACCCCCCUUGCCUCUGUAGAAACAAACUCCAUAUUCACGCGUAGGGAAUUGUCAACAGAACCUUGGACACCAGAAGACGCUUACGUCCUCCCGAAACGCGAGCGACUGACUAAGUGUGAGCUGCCGGGCACCCGUAGGGCGGAGUCGCCGGCUCCAUAG